ACUUGCAGAUACACCAUGUCUUGGCUUUUUGGUAUGAACCAGCGCCCUCAGGACUUUUCUCAGUUUGUGCCACCUCCUGGAGCUUCAGGCGGUGAUGGAGGGCCAGAUGGACCAAAUGACCGUGGGAAGGGCAACACCAGCAUGGAAGCUUACCGGUUUGACUCGGCUGCCCUGGAACGUGCUGCUAAGGCUGCCAAAGAGUUAGAGAAGUCAGCAUUUGCAAAGGAAGCCCUCAAUCUAUCAUUGAUGCAGGAAGAGACAAAGCAGAAGGAAAUAAUGACAAGAGCUAAGGAAAUGGAGGUGCAAAUUGAGGCAGCAAAAGCAGAGGGGAAACGCAUAGAACAGGAGGAGCGAAGGAAGACUUUGCAAGAGCAGUCAAAACUUGACCAGCAAAAGUCACAGUAUCAAGACCAGCUAGCUAGGAAGAG